AAUAUUAAGUAUAAAUUGAUUUCAGGACUACUCUUGUCAAAUGCAAAUCUAAACAAAUCGAGAAUUAAACCGGUGGCUUUGAGCCUCAUCGAGCCUUACCCUAGCCAGUUUGUGUCACAAAGCAGAAGUAUCCCAACAAUCCCAGACCUUUUUGACGACGAGAAUUUAAAGCUGUCAUAUACUGACUUACUAAAGAAAUGCUUUAGUGUAGAAAAUUGUUUGUCAAGUGAAGAAAUUUUGCAAAUUGAGAGAGACACACAGCUCAUGCUGUGGACUGGGAUGUGGUGAAGUGAAAUGUCCUUUAUGUAUUGACAGGUGUGACUUUGAUAGUUAUGUGUUGAAAAAGAAUUCCUGUCUGGAAAAGGUAGCGGGCAAAUUCCAGCUGAAGCGAAGCCACAACUACUUUUUUCAAGUCCAACGACAGCUUUUUACAUUACCAGAAAGAAAGUACAAUGACUUUGUUGUUUGCGCCUUGACAGUUUCCAUUGUGCUACAAUUGUGAAAGAAAGAAUUUACCCUGACCAUGGUCACAUGAAUGCUGUUUUGCCAAAACCUACCACUUUCUGGGGGACAUACAUUUUGCCUGAAAUUUUAGGCAGAUGGUACUCAAGAAAGUGCGAUAUGUCUGAUGAGAUGCCACAAGCAGGUGCUGGAAUAUGCUUUUGCAGAAUGCCAUCAGAUGGAAACACUGUGAAAUGUGGAAACCCUCAAUGCCCACUUGUUGAAUUUCAUCUAUCUUGUUUGGCAAUUUCAACCCCACUUCCCAGGGGGUGGUAUUGCCCACACUGCUGUAGGCUUCCACAGUUUAAG